UAUAUAUAUAUAUUACUAUGAUAAUGAUUGCCUAAUUAAAGAUUUCUGUAAAAGUACUACAACAAUUAAUUAGUAACAAGAUAUAAUACACAAAGUGUAAUUAAGAUCAAAUUGUACAUUCCAUAUUGAUCUCCUGAGAUAUUCAUUCACUUUUUUUUUCUGAACAUUGAACCCUCAUAUUACCCAUAGCCAUACACAUACAUACAUACACAAACACAUACACAUAGAUAGACAUACAUAAGUUAAUUGUUCUUCAUUAUUAAAUAAAGAAAAUGGGAUGUGGUGCAAGUGGAUUGAAAGAUUGUAAAUCAGAAGUAGCCGAAUCGACAAAUGAUGAUCAUGCUGAUAAUACAAAAAUAGAAACUGAAGAACACAAAGAAACAAACACUAGUCAUAUAGUUCCUGUAUUAUCAAGUGAACAAUUGGAUCUUCCAUCAAAUAAUAGUCAACAUGAUGAACCCAAAGAAGAAAUUCCAUACAAUCAAGAAACGCCAAACGUUUCAGCGAUUACUGAACAACAACCGGAUUUAGAUUUAACAAAUGAUGUGAAUGUGAAUAUUUCAAUAAAUCAUAAACAUUUAAUAAAAUUUUGUACACCAUGUCAACCAUUGUAUUCUAACAAUAAUAUUGAAAGUAUAUAUAGUUACUAAUGAACAGUUUGACUCAUUGUUAUAAACAACAACCUGAAGAAUAUAAUAAAACUGAUGACAAUGUAACAGAAAAUUAAUCAUCUCUAAUUUGUAUUUAUAUUAUACAAAUGGACAAUUAUUCCUGGAUCUAAACAAAAGCAACAUGUUCUUUUAAGUAACUAAUAUGGCUUUCAGGUAUAUUAUUAUUAUUAUUAUUACUAUAAUCAGUGAUUAUAUUGUCAUCAUUAUCAUCAUCAUCCUUAUUAACAAUGAAUUAUAUUUAAAAUCAAUAUUAUUCCAGAAUUUCAUUAAUCAAUAAUUGAAUGAAUCCUGAUUAGAUUGAUUUCAUAUUUUCCUUCAAUUGGGAACAACAUAUAUAUUUAUAUAUUUAAUUAUCUAUACAGACAAACGAUUGUUUACACUGAGACUAUUCAUCAGUUCUAAUUGAGUUACACUAAAAUCAAUAAGAAAUCUAUUAUUGAUAAAUUUUGUUGAUGGUCAAUAUUUCGAUUAUACACACACACACAUACAUACAUACAUACAUACAUACAUACAUACAUACACGCAUAAACAUACACACGCAGAGAUUCAUAGCUUGAUAUACUUCAAUAAGAAUGUCAAAUGUUAAGCUUUGUAUAUUGAUGAUAGCAAUAAAAGAAAGUUAAUCAUUUUUCUUUUUUUUUUAUAAUUGUGCACAGUUUGUAUUGUUUGUUGUUGUAUGGUAAGAAAUUAGAUUCAUUAAG